GAUGAUGAUCCGUAGACAACGACGCUUCGAAAUGUAAACAGAACUGCAAUGAUGGUCUUGGACAUUUUAAAUACAUAUUUCUAUAGACCCCAUUUCACAGAUAUGCUUUGAGAAUGAGAACAAAAUGCCAGAAUCAGGAAUAUAUGACCGACCAAAAACGUUCCGUAGCGGGACUACAUUACAGCCAAAGUACUCAGUCCAGCAUCGCUCUGACAUCCUUCUGGUUGAACAAACUGAGACUGUGAGAAAUGCCCAGAAUACAUUGCAGCAAAUCUUAACAGAUUUAGAGAAUGGUAAGACAGAAGAGGAGAUCGACCAACUACGGGCUGAGGCCCAGGCAGCCCGAGACAAGGGAGAUUCAGCCAUUCUAGUACUACAGAUUUUGUAUAAGAUUGACUCUGAGUUGGUUCAUGCCAGAAAAGAUCUUGAGAAUGCCCUUGAACAUGAAAAUGGGGACAUCAUGGAGGCUCGCAAACGAGUCAUGUGGCUUGAGGAUAGGAUGGGGGCUCUCUGCGGAAAAGUGCGAAUCAGGGGUCAGCCACCAAGACCAAAUAGAAAUAGAGGAUCUGAGGAAAGGGGAGGAACAACCUUCAGGUCUGGUAUGUCCGACAACGAUGACAUGAGUGAUGGGGAUGAUGUGUAUAUGGGAAGGCGUAUGUUACCUCCGAUCCAGUCCCGACUCCCAGACUCUGAGGAUGAGAGCAGGGGACAUGGUUAUAACUCACCAUCUAUCAGUGGGUCGGAGGACUACAGAAAGAUGCAGCGACAACCCCCAGGACUCAUGGAUACACCUUCCUCCGCCUCCUCCAUGACUCAAAACAGAGCACUAUACCAGCAGAGAGGUCUGGGAGCAGAGACAGAGGAGGAAACAGAGAGUGAGGCCCCGGCCCCCGAUCAGGGUAUGACCAGUCAGAGUGAAGGAGGAUCAGAGGCCAAUGACCAACUUAGCGAACUACCAACCAUGUUUCAAAAAGAUAAACCGGAGUUCACACCUCGCUCUACAGAACAGUCACAGCCUGCAUUAGGACUGGGUGAUGAAGAAGAGAAAGUGGAAGAUACUGUAGAAAAAGAGGAUGAUACAGAAAGGGAUGAAGAAACAACUGAGCGGACUCUAGAAUCAUCAACUGGGUCAGAGGAAUCCUCAAGUUCAGAGGAGAGCAGUGAUGAAGAGGAUGAGGAUUCUGAAAGAGAAGAUGAGGACAAGGUUGAGGAAGAAGGGAAAACAUCAGAAGAAAAAGACCAGGAGAAAGAAUCACAAGAAAAAGAAGAAGAACAGAGGGAAGCAGAGGACAAGGUGACAGGCCUUGAGAAUAUUGAUGAUAAGAGAGGGCAGACAUUUAUCACAGAGGUGUCGGCUACCACCACCAAGAGUCGUGUCACCAUUGUGUCACCUCGCAGGGAGGACACCCGAGCAGCAUUCUUGCGAGAGAUUGCGGAGGAGGAGCGAGACUUAGUGAUGGAGUACUGGCUGUCGGAACACCACAGAUUCGAGUACGGAGAGUAUGCAGAUGUCAUGUGUCAGUUAGACCCGCUGUCUUACCACCAGAUGGGACUAGCUGUACCAGGAUCCUUUCUACCUCGCCCUGAUAAAAAGUAUGAUGCACUUCCCUGGAGGGAGCCUAGUAAAGGUGGUACUGACAUCAUGGAUAUACAUAAAAUGGAUCUAGACAGAUUAGCAAACAGACUACACCGGAUGUAUGAUAAGGUUUACAAAGCAGCCAUGUUGUCUGUUCGUCCUACCAGAAAGUCGACAGACAGACGUGAACACAGUUUACUUCAGAGCAGUAUGGCCAGUAAAGAGACCACCUCUGUCUCAGCCUCCACAGUCCUCCCACCAAAGUCAUUAGUGGAAUCACAGGAACUAUCUCGGUCUCACACAUUAGACUCCAUAGAGACCCCUGUCCUACCCAAACUGGAGAACAGACGACUCGGCACAUCCAAAUCAGGACGUCUUGUGUAUUAUCCUAAACCAAUUCCUCCCCCAGAGUUACUCCCCCUUACAAGAACGACGGCGGGUAAGGCAUACCCACGAAUGGCUGAUGAAUUUGCCAACUCAGACCCUACAGUAAGAAAUCCUGCUAUUCGUAUUGUUAACCAAAGAAACCUAGCAAAGGAGACAAAGUUGACUUUAUAUAGGGAGCGAACCAGAGCCAGUCAGAAAGGGCCGAACAGCACGGAAAGGAAGUUCAGACUUAUGUUGGAACAAGAGAAGAGUGUAGUCAGCAGUCGAAAGUCCACAGCGACCAAACCAACAUUUUCACGAGCUGUAACUAAAACCUCAGGAGAUUACGAGGAUGAACUAGUGGACCUGAAGAGUGACGACUCUGACAAUGAAGGAAGUAUGUGGAGCAGGAUCAAACCCAAGAACAAGAACAGAGAGUACUCCGGACUGAAGUGGGAGAGAGUCAAGACCCUGGUACAUUCCAACCUGGUGUCUGAGCGUGCUGAGGAGAGAAUGGAUGCAGCCAAGCAUCUUGGCUUGCUGAGGUGUGGAGACACCAUGGUGUUCUAUGCCCUCAAGGACCGUAUGAAGGGAGAUGAAGACAAGCGGGUCCGUUAUGAGGCAGCCAAGUCCCUUAUUCUUAUAGGUUGCUGGGAGGAAGAUGUACAGAUGGUGAUAAUUAAAUACCUGGCUAUAGGAAACACGGAGAUCAGACUAGACCUAAUCAGGACCAUGAUCGACGGAAAGAAUGUCCAGUAUGUCAACAAGGGCUUGAGUACUUUUCCUGAACUUGUGAAGAUGCUGAGCCAUUUUUGUCGAAAUCCAGACCCUGAUGACCAGAUUGCUUUGGAUGCUGCGAUCCUUCUCGGAAAGCUGUGUGUGGCAGACAACAAUGCCAAGGUCAAACUGAAACUGUCGCUGGAGCACAACACAGACUCACAUGUCAAAGCUAAGUCUCUAGAGAUCCUGGUACGGCAGCUGAACUGUACGGACUCGGACAUCAUACGCAGCAUCAUUGACAUGUUGCGAAAGUCCUUUGUGUGGAAACAUCGUGCUUUGGCAGCAGAGCUUCUCAUUGUUCUAGGACCUAAACAUGUACUCAAGACCUCGGAGGUAGACAACCUGUAUGAAGUUUUAGAGAGAAGAUUGUGGGACGAACCCAUCAAGGAAGUUCGUGUUGCGGCUGCCAAAGCCUUAACAGCUUUAGGUCUGUUUGGGAAGGCUUGUGAGAAAAUAGAAAAGAGACUAGAGAAUCCAGAAGAGGAUGUGAGAGCCCAGGCAGUCAUAGCUGUGGGUACACUAGGGAUGAAGAAUGAGAAAACUACCAGAAUGUUGUUGGAGAUGUUUGAGUUGGAUGCCAGUGACUAUGUUCGCCUGAUGAUUGUGCGGACGUUUGUGGUACUGAACAGUACAGACAAAAGAGUGCUGAGGGCCCUGAAGGAGAAGGAGAAAAUAGACGGACCCCUUGCCAGAGAAGCUAAAAAAGCCUUGAAGACACUGGAGAUGUUGAGGGAGCUAGGCACACCACUGGGUCGGCGUACCAUGACACCCAAUCACAAGGCCGUCACACCAGCCAUUAGUAAUGUGAUACGACCUCUCACUCAGAGUAUUUAGGCACCUAGAACUAGCCUAUAAAUGUUCCAGUAAAACGGAGGACUCAUUACUCCAUCAAAGACAUUACUGUAUAUCAAAAUCAGAAAAAAACAUAGCAUUUGUGUUGACAUCUUUUGUAUCCAACUGACACUGUUUUGUUACAUGUGGCCUUUAAUUCCUUAUUGUGUACUUAUUUAAUAAACAACAGAGGAUAUCCUUAGUUUAUUAAUAAAUUACAGUAACAUUCAUAUUAAACCUAUGAUAGUGAGGUUGAUCUUUUUCAUGACUGCCUUAUUAAAGUGUAUUGAACCCACAGGGUUAUAAUGAUUUCUUUUUAAAGGUUUGAGAUUCUGUGAACUGAUCCAGUUUAUUCCAUUUUCCACGAAAUAAAAUGUCGAGACAAGGAAUCCUGUAUUGUGACGAGAAACUGUCAGGGCUGUUUUUAUGUCACAGUUGGUAAUAUCUAUAUUUUUCAUACUUAGCAUGAAAAAAAAUGAAAAGUUGUUUGUGAAGGCAGAGACAAAGAAUAUCAUGUACAACAAGUAUUGGAUUCUAUGUUUAAUGUUUUUGUGACUACACUCUCAUAUUCAGCAGACUAAAGACUAGUGUAUGUAAACUGAGAUGGGAGAAAUAUAGAUAUCUCUGAAACCUCGAAUCUUGCUGGUAGAAAUAUAAUGAAAUUUGACCUCUAUAUAAAAGUGCGUUUUGAAAUGUUUACCACGUAACACAGGGUAUAAUGUGUGACUCGGAUAGUUGACACCAAACGUGCCUUCAAUUGAUAUAUUU